GAUAGUCAAAUACUUUCCCUUUUUCUUUUUCCCUGUCAUCGCCUGCGUAGAUACGAAGCAAUCUUUCAUACACCCACUCUGUUUAUACCGCUCUCUCUCUCUCUCUCUCUCCUCUCCUCCUUCCACUGCCCUCCAGCGCACGGGUGAGUAACCACAACACACGCAGACGCACGCAAGCAGACAGCCAUCAUGGUCUCCAUCAGCCCGAAGCUAAACGUGAGCGCGACGAACUUCAAUGAGUACCGCGCCUACUACCUCGCCACGCGCAGCAGCAUGUGGACGCGCCGCUCACACGUGCUGGCGACGACGCUCGCCGCCCUCGCCGCCGUCUUCGCUGCGAUUCGGCUUGAUGCCCGCUUAAUGGCGUCGUCCAUCGCGGUUGGGUACCUGCUCUGCUGGGGGGCCGAUGCGGCCUUUGAGCGGCGCAGGCCGGCCUCGCUCGAGCACCCAAUUUGGGCCUUCCGGGCUAACCUGUGCCUGGUAAAGGACGUGAUGGCGGGUAACCAGCCUGUCUAA